AUGAGCCAAGUGCAGAUGGCUCGUGCAGCUGCUGUUGCCGUCGCGUCGUGUCCCGAUGCCCGUGACUGCCCCAUGUGCGACUACGUGGCUACAGCAAGGUCGUCGCUGAUCAUCCACAUGCGCAAGCACACUGGAGAGCGGCCCUAUCGCUGCCACCUGUGCCCUGCCGCGUUCGCCAAGAGCAGUGACCGCAGCCGCCACUUUCGCACCCACCAGCUGCACAAGCCCUUUAACUGUGGCAGCUGUGGCAAGUCGUUUGCGCAGAGGGUGACGCUGCUUUCGCAUCGCUGUCACCUCACUGGCAGCACGGGCUUCAAGGGCCAGUGCCAUAAGUGUUUGCGAAUGUUUGCCAAUGCUGCUCUGCUAAAGGAACACACUCGCGAGUGCGGAAGCGUUGCCAACAGGGCCUUUUUUAGACUAGCAACAGGAUAG